AUGACAUCAAAAGUAGCGCUUUUAGCCGCUGCAAUUUCAGCUAUUACUAAUGAACCAGUUCUCUCACAUGAUGACUAUCUCAUCAAAAAACAAAAUCGACGGUUACCGUCGGAAUCUUAUCCGAAGUAUCUGUUCAAAGGACAACUUAGUGUAGACUCAAUGCACCAGUCACACCUUGUUGGUGGGCAGAUCGAUACAUUCUUUGAAGAUCAUCCGACUAGGAAUCGUAAUUCAGGACAACAUCAUAUAUAUGUGAAAACCUUAACCGGACAAACAAUUCACAUUUAUCCUAAAUUAACGUAUACAAUUGGUAAAGUCAAAAGAUUAAUUCAAGAUAUAAAAGGAAUUUCUCCGGAUCAACAACGUCUCGUCUUUUCCGGAAUAGUACUUGAAGACAGUCGUUCACUUGUCGAUUACGCUAUUAAGGAAGAGGCUACAUUGUAUUUGGUUCUUUGUCUUCCUGGUAGUGGCCCUAGAAUUCUUUUUUGCUCUUUCCUUAAUUCCGAUCAAUUAGACUCACGUUUUGAUUUCGACUUUACAAAUGUCUUUGACACCACCGAUGUUGUAUUCAUGCGUGGAAAUUUCCAAUAUAAACGACCAUGUGGCUGGAAUAGGAUAGCACUUAAAGUCUUAAAUAAAUACGGGACUGACAAUGCCUGGCUCGGUGCCACUUCCAAGAAUUUUCGCCAAAAAUCUGGCACCAACGAAUGGCCAGUUUCUUACCAUGGAACCGCAAAAGACAAUUGUCACUCAAUCGCCGAAGAUGGAUACAUGUUAUGUAAAGGAAAACGAUUUGCAUUUGGCCGUGGUAUAUAUUCUACGCCUGAUAUCAAUGUCGCAGCGAGAUACGCCGAAAAAUUCACUUAUGAUGGUCAAGAGUAUCGCGUGGUGAUUCAGAAUCGCGUCAAUCCUGACACAUUGGUCAGAAUCUCGGCAGAAAAAACGGGGUAUGGCGAGUAUUGGAUUUCUCCGACUAGCACUGAUAUUCGUCCGUAUGGUAUUUGUAUUAAAAAGGUUUGA